CGGACUUUUACUUGUCAGAAAUCACUUUAUAUUCCUUUCUACAUGGUAUUCCAAAGACGACCAGAAACUAAGAAAUGACGACACCUACGUACACAUACCCGGCUUUUCAAAUCCGGUAUCCACUUGGGAAAGGGUUUCCUACCAGCGGAGUUAGGAAAUCUCAAUCACCUACUCGUCGACCCCGAUCAUCACCUUCCACUCUUCCUCGUGAAAAACCAGAGAGGGAGAAGGAGAGAUCGGCGGUUGAGAAUGAGUAUAUAAAGAAUUUGCAGCAGCAGGUUUAUUUGUUGGAAUUGGAGACGAGAUAUUUACGAUCUGGACGAUCUAAAUCUGGGAAUGAGGACACUUCGUUCCCAUUUCAGGGUACCGAUGCGACGUCGGCAUGUCUUAAUGGAGGUGUACCCACCGCACCCCUCAACACCGUCAUUAAAGAUUUAAAAAACAAGUAUGUCGAGUUACAGGAGGGGUAUAAGCGACAAGUAGAGAAACUCCAAGAAACCAUCACAAACCUCCAAAAACAAAACCACACAACAACCCUAACGACCGAAUCCCUCACCCAAACCCGAGACCAACUCUUGCAGGACCUUCAAACCCUCCAAACAAAUCACAAUACCGAAAAAGACGGCUUAUACAAGACGAUUCAUACAUUAAAGCAAGAUCAUGAGAAUCUAAAGGCGGAAAUGAGGCGAUUGGAGAUUUCUUAUGAGAGGUGUAGGGAGGAGAAGGAGGAGGGUGUUAAGGAGGUUGUUGGGUUUAAAAUGGAGGUGGAGCGUUUGCGUGGGCAGGUGGAGGAACAAGUACAAGUUCAUGACAAGUUGCAAAAAAAAGUAGAGGAAUUGAGUCGUGAUAAAGCAUUUCUUCAGGCCCAACUAGAGACAACACCACCCCCACCCCCUCAAAUCCCCCCAGAAACCCUCCAAUCCCUCAAAACCCAACUCCUAACCUCCCAAACCCAACACCAACAAACAGAAACCCUCCGCCUAAAACUCCAAACAGACUGUUCAAACCUCAUUAAACUCAACACGGAACUCACAAUGGAAAUCGAAUCCCUUCGUGAUGAACUUGGUCGAGAGCGCCGCGCACGAGGACAUACUGGUCGUAUGGAGUGGGUCAAGGAAACUGCUAAUGUGCGACAAGAGGUUGAGGAUUUGAGGGAUCAGAUUGGCAUGUUGAAAAUUAAGAUUCAAGUGGGUGAGAAUCAAAAGGGGGAACUAGUCGAAAAGCUUAAAGCAACGGAAACAAGUCUUUCAAAAACCCUCGAAUCCCGCACAACACUCUCUGAACGUGUUCAAUCCCUCCAAGACCGUUUACACGCCCAAACCCUCGACAUCGUCUCCCUCAACCAAGACAAAAGUAUCCUCAUUGACGACCUGGCAACCCUAAAAAACACACACACACUCCUCCAAUCCAAAUACGACUCUCUACUCCAAAAAAAUCAUUCACUCACUGUGGAACUCGAGGCGCAUAAACAGCAACAUGCGGAUAAACAGAAAUUGGCGAAAUUGUUGAAAGAGGUCGAGUAUUCUGGUGAGAGUUAUUUGGGGUUGAUGAAGGGUGUUCGACAGGUUUUGGAUAAGUGUCAAAAGGAUGAACAGGGUGAUGCGGAUGUAGAGUAAUGUUGGGUAUAUUCAUUUCAGUAUUUUUUUAAAUGGCAAUACAAGUAAAUGGGAGCUAUGAGUCUACACGGAA